AUUUGCUAACAAAACUUAAAAUCACACACAUGAAAAAAUCACUUUCGUCAGACCAACACUCACAAAAAACCUUUAGGAAGCUGCAAAAUUGCCAAGUGCCAUUUGAGACUGCCACAAUACAGACCACAAAUAGACCGAAAACCAAGUGUUAAGCCCUGAAAAGAAAUAUCCCAAAGGCUCGAGCUAUAUAGACUAUAUAGACCAUGUCGUAUCAGAUCAAGUCGACACCGUAUUUCCGGCGGAUGUUCAACAACAGCAAGAAGAAUGGACAACUGCAGAGAUUGAGGGAGGAGUACGAGCGGAUUCAGGAGUUCAACGAUCGCACCAUCGAGUUAAAGAUGCGACAAGUGCGCUUGAAGCGGCUUUUCCGGGAGAUUGAGGAGAUCAAGGAGGGAGGUGCUGGCAGUGCAGCCCCCAAUGCCAAGAGAUCCCCCGGUGGCACCUCCACUUCUCCACCUGGACACAAUCUCCGCCGGAGGAAUCAUCUCAGAUUGGGCAACACCACGCAGGAGCAAAGGACUUACGAUCAGCGGGUGGAGGCAUUGGCCAGAGCACGGGAACUGGGCAAGGAGAUCUCGCGAAGGAACGCCGAGAUGGCCGAGGCCGGAGGAUUCCUGAGGAGCGAGCUCCGGCUUACGGCCAAGAUGCAGGCGGUGGCCGAUGCCCGGAAAGAUGCCUUGGACCGCCGGGAACGGGCUGCCAAGCGGAUAUCCUACGGCAACGACCAGUCCCGCCAGAAUCUCCAGCGAUUGCUCCAGGUCCGCCAGCGACGCCACUGUGGUGGCCACUCACAGGCGGCCGGGAAUCGGGCACAUCUGGAACCCAAUCCGCAGGUUCUCGUUCCCCAACAGUCACCAAGGCAGAUGAUAAGGUGCCACAGGGCCAGUCACUUGUAUCCGGACUACCGCCAGCUGACGGCUAGUCAAAUGGAACUCCUGGCGGAUGAGAACGAGCAGUCGGCGGAGCAGCAACGCAUCCUGCGGGAGGAGGAGGAGGAUGAGCUGCAGCUGAAGGAAGAGCACUUCAGGAGGCUGGAGGAGAAGCUCAUGCUAGAGGAGGAUUCCCUCUCCCCUUGCGCCUGCUCAGAGGAGGAGAACCACCUGCGUUUUCGUCGGCAGAGGCCAUCGAUGUCAUCCCUGGAGGGUUUGGGUAGCGAGGAGCAGCGGCUGGAGCUGCUGCGACUACAAAAUCCCGAGCUGGCAGACGAGCUGGAGCGCCGGCGGCGACGACAGCAGGAGGACGAGGAUGAGGAGGAGCAGCUGCAGCGGCGGCGGCGGCAUCUCCACGAGGACACCUCGCCCCUGCGGCUGGCCCGCUUCUCGCCCAGCUCGACCAUGACGGAGGCCACUACAAUUGGCAGCACCGCCACGGCGGCCACCUCGCCACAGAAAUUUCAAGAGGACGCCUCCAUGGAGUCUGAUCUGGAGAUGGACACUGCUCCGCUGGGCCAUGAGGAUCGCUUGGCCUUGUGCUCCCGCUCCGUAACCAUAGCUAGUCAUCAACCGAUUCGGGGAGUGCCCCGGGAGCAGGAUGACGACGAUCUCGAGCAGAAUCAACUGCCCAUCACCCUGAACAAGUGGCGGCAGAUUUCGCUGAUGCUGCCCUGGUUCAAGGCCUUCCCCGACCUCAAAUCGACCCCCAUCGUCCGGAUGAGCAGCAACUACGAAGAGAUGGUCCCAGCACCUGCCCUGAUUCCCAUGUACUCCAACCACUUCAGCGAUGCUGUUGCGCAGGUGGAGGAGGCAGAGCAAUCGUCGCCGUUUCCGCCUCCUCAUCACGAGUUCCUGCUGUCCACCUUCAAGUUCAUUGGGACCACCGAUCGUUAGGCUUCAGGAGAGAAUCGGACAGGCAGAUAUUCACAGUUCCAGUCCGAAAUCUGUGCCCAUAUCUCCCAGAAAAAGGUGAUCUCAUCCCAUCAGUUUAUUGUCGCUGCCAGGCGUCUGUGGUAUCUACAAAUCCCGCUUUGCACAGAUGACCAAACGACCGCGUCUAAUAUCCAGCCAACAGUGAAAGUCUGAUUGUUUUGACAGGUGUCAAGGCAAAUAUAUACAAAAUUUGUUUGUUGUUGCUUUUCGGUAAAUAAAAUAAAUAAUUGAAAAGAUGA